AGAAAAGCUGUGUGGACAAUUUCUAGUGCGUGACACAGGUGGAUGACCACAAGGAAUUUAAUAAUUAGUAAUCAUAAAGUAACUAGGCCGGUCACCCAAUACCUCAAGAAGCCAAGGAGAAAGUCGCCUCGCUGUCCUGUUGCCUGUAACAGAAAGAAAGCGGGAGGGCAGAAAAUGGAGGAUGGCUCCGUACAAAAAUCCCUGAAAUGGCUGGUAGAUCUGUCAAAAGGAACCAUCAGCCACGAGCUGGAGGCACUGACCCUGGAAGGACUGCAGAGUCUCCAGGGCCAAAAGGGUUUCAUACGCUGUAAUUUCGUUGUACCGAGUCGUGCAUCAGUAAAUAAAUCUGAUGGGAAUUGGCACGUUGGAGCCAUGGCCACGUUGAUUGACGACGUUGGAGCUGCCGCUAUAUACUCCGUCGCUGACCAUGUCAAAGCCUCCCUUGAUUUCAGCAUUUCAAUCUAUUCAACGGCCAAGAUUCAAGAAGAAGUGGAGAUAGAGGCAAAGGUUACAGGGGACAAGGGAAAGCUUGCACACGUGGUGGUGGAGGUCAGAAGGAAAGAAAACAGAGAGCUAAUCGCUUUGGGUAAACAAUGGAUGGCCUCAAGUAAAGAUAGUGCAAAGGCAGCCCAAGGGAGUAAGCUUUGAGACUGAUGCCUUCCAAUUCUCCUAGUCAAGUACACUCGACAUCUGAUGCCAGUUCUUAUAUGUAUUGGUUUUUCAGCUUCUGCUCAUUUGAAGGCAUUCAAAUAGGAAAACAACAUAGGACAAAGCCAGUUGAGCUGCAUUAUUUAUUUAUUUUUUGGUUGAAAUUGAUGAAUAAUUUAACGAUAUUUGUCUAUUAACUUAAAUCAUUCAAAAUAGAAAGACAGUUGCUAGAUUUCACAUAAGAAAAUUAGGUGCAUGUCUAUGUUUUAUAUAAUCUAAUGAAGGCUAUCUUAAUUAUUGAUUCUAA